CCGAGUGGGCGGAGGCAGCAGCGGCAGCAGUAGCGGCGGCGGCGGCAGAGAGGUCGACGCAAUGGAGAACUUCACAGCGCUUUUCGGUGCCCAGACUGAGCCGCCGCCGCCGCCACCAGCCGCGCUGGGCUUUGGGCCGGGGAAGCCGCCCCCUCCGCCGCCUCCUCCUCCGGGUGGGGGCCCCGGAACGGUUCCGCCGCCCGCCGCGGCCCCAGCUCCCCCUGGUGCUGACAAGGCCGCAGCUGGGUGCGGGCCCUUUUACCUGAUGCGGGAGCUCCCAGGCAGCACAGAACUGACAGGUAGCACCAAUCUGAUCACACACUACAACUUGGAACAUGCCUACAAUAAAUUCUGUGGGAAGAAGGUGAAGGAGAAGCUGAGUAACUUCCUGCCCGACUUGCCAGGGAUGAUCGACCUGCCUGGCUCCCACGACAACAGCGGCCUCCGUUCUCUCAUCGAGAAGCCCCCCAUCCUUGGGGGCUCUUUCAACCCUAUCACGGGCACCAUGCUGGCGGGCUUCCGCCUGCACGCCGGCCCGCUGCCGGAGCAGUGUCGACUGAUGCACAUCCAGCCCCCCAAGAAGAAGAAUAAGCACAAGCAUAAACAGAGUCGUACCCAGGACCCUGUCCCCCCAGAAACUCCAUCCGAUUCGGAUCACAAGAAAAAGAAAAAGAAAAAGGAAGAAGAUCCUGAGCGGAAAAGGAAGAAGAAAGAAAAGAAGAAGAAGAAGAACCGACACAGUCCAGAGCACCCCGGUAUGGGCAGCUCGCAAGCCAGCAGCAGCAGUAGCCUCCGUUAACAAGACCAGUGGACGACAGACAGGCCAGGGGAGCUCUUUUCUCCUACACUGAACUUGCCAACAGAAGCAGCCUUGGAGGCUAGAGGACAUACUGCCCUUGGAGCAUUCCCCCGUGACUGGGGGAGAAUGCAGGCCAGGACAGCUCUGGCUGGGGGCGAAUGAGGUGGAUUCAUUAGGGGUGGGUAGGGCAGUGCCUGUGGAAGGCACAGCCCGAUCGGCUCUCCGAUGGAGCCGCCUUCCCUUCCCAAGGAGCCUUCUCUCCAUGUUUUUUUUGUACAGUUUGUCUGCUUUGAGAGUUGGAUUGGUUUAUUAGGGCUUGGUUUCUUUUUUAAAAUUCAUAUUGCACCAAACUGGCUGAGUUGUAACACUUGGGUGUUGGCAAUCAGAAAGAUCCUUUCCUUGAGGGACAGGGUUGAGGAUGCUGCUAUUAUUCUAGAGUUGGUCCUUACUGUAUCUCUAGGAGUAGCCAGAGUGGGCUCCAUUGAGAACGGGGACCAGAGGAAAAGGUAGUGUUGGAAUGCGCCAAAUGGGACACGGGGAGGGGUGACCAGUACUGACAUUGCUACUGUCUAAUGGAAAACUGAGGGCAAGGGUCUGGCCUGGCAGUAAUAGACAGCAUCUUGCUAAGGACGUGAAGAAAGGGUAUUCUUCCUCCUAAUUAAAUGAUGAGCCUAGGCCCCCAAGUAAUAGGAGUGCAUUUCAUUAGCACCCCAAGGUUCAGAGCAUUCAGCGUCCCAGUUUUCAGAGCUGAGCUGUGAUUACAGAGCGAGGAAUC